AUGAACUCCUUCACACCCCGUCCCUCAGGUCUCCACGCGCACGUCUUCCGCCCCCCAGAAUCACCCGCCUCCUACUCCGCCAGUCCAUCGCACAACGCCAUCACAUCCACCGACUACUUCUCCUCCCACCGCUCGCGAAAGCGCCAACGGCCAGACUCAGCGCAUGGCCUGAACGACAGCCAAAACCUCUCCACGCCCUGGAAUCGGUCUUCCUACGGACGCUCGGCAGAAACACCAAGCUGGAUCCAAUGUCCCACACCUAGCGACGCCAUGUACGGCAGCGCGUGCGCGCAGAGCUCGGCGCUGGUGAAUGAGCGGUACGCGCUUAAGGGAGGAAUGGAUACGCCGGGGUUGAUGGCUACGGCGCAGGAGGACGGGGUGGCGAGAUAUGCAGGGGAUUUGGACUUCAGACGGCGGGUGAGAGAUGCGGAUGAGCGGAAGAGUACGGGUGGUGCGCUUUUGGCUGGACCGUUGGCGAGGGAGAGGAAUGGGGUGGCGAGGAUGCAGUCGUCUCCGAACGGGUCUGUGCAGGCAUCGGCUGGAUGGACGGGGUUGGCGUUGGGGUUGGUUGGGAAGGUGUUUACGUUUGGCACGAGCGUGAUUAAAGGGUUCUAUGCUGGAGGUGGGAAGGGGUACGAUCUGGACCGACAGCGUCAAUCGUCCCCGCCAAUGUCCUGGAUGCGCUCGCAGAGGUAUGCUGGAGGUGGCACGCCAGUACCAGGUCAAUGGCAAGACGAUGGCGAUUUUCUGGGCGACUUCGAGCAGGACAAUCCCUCAUACUCGCCUUCAUCAAUUACACGACCACCCAACAAACGCCGCCAAACAGACAAAGACAGCUGGGUCAUGGUCGGCACGCCCGACGAGACGCCCAUCGACACCACACCCCGCCGCAAAACCUCCAGCAACGCGGUCCCACGCAGCAACCUCGCUCCCCGACCCUCCCUAGCUUCCCGAGCCAACAGUCGACGCAGCCUCGCCCCCGUCUCCCGCCGCGCCUCCUCACACGCCGGCAGUCCAGCCCUCCAACUCACAACAACGACCGAAUCACCCAACCGCCGCGCCUCAAUGGCACCGAUGCGAUCACCGCGCCAAUCGCGACCAUCUAGCUCUAGCAAUCACCCGAGCGGCGAGAGAGCGAGUCUCGACGGCAUGAGCCCGGAAGUAGAGAAGUACGUCAAGCGGCAAGCGAAGCAGGAGAAAGCGGCCGACCGCACGAUGAGCAGUAUGAACCGCCAGUUGAAAGAUUUGAUUCAGCAGGCGCAGGCGGCGUUGGGGACGAAGUUUGCUGUGGAGGGGGAGGGGGAGGAGGAUGUGGACGAGGGGUUUGUUGAUGAGGAGUGGUGA